UCGUUUAUGCAAUAUUAGAAAAAUAAAUAUGAAAGAUUGUCUUAACAAUAAAGAAAAUUUUUGGUACAUCAUAAAUUUUUCGUUUUGUAGAAUUAAAAUUUUCAAUUAUAUACAUUACAGCUGCAUACCAAUGAAUAAUAUAACUGUUAUUUGAAAACAUUUUAUGUGGCUAAGUAAUAAUAAAAUAUUAAUUACAUAAACUUAGUUUAAAAUAAGUAUAAAAGUUUCAUAUGAAAAACAAUUAUUUUACAUCGCCCUGGGCCCAAAAAUACAUUGGACCGGCUCUGGCAAAACUGCGGAGGUGAUGGACGAUCUGUGCCUCGGAGGCGCUCCUACAGGCGGGGGAGGAGACGGUCCUCGCAGCGCGCCCCUCCGGUAUCCGAUCAAGACUUCAAAUUCAAACCGAUCUACUACGACGAACCGGUCACGGAAGAAGAAGAAGAGGAGGAGGAGGAGGAAGAGGAAGAGGAGGAGGAGGAGAAGGAGGAGGAGGAGGAAGAAUACGAAGACGAGGAGGAGUUGGCUCCUGAAUCCUCCAUGGAGGAGCAGAAGGUGGACUUCGAUCAACCCCGCGAAAACUGGGAAAUCUCGUUCGGCAAAGGCCGGUUUGACUUCGAAGCUGUGACCUUGCCGAGCCCAAUGCUCUUCACACACUACGCACCGAGUCGCAUCGCAAGCGAGGCCGUCCUUCCAAAGACCCUGCAGAUAUACUCCAUCAAAAUCGCCAAGAUAAAGCACAUCAAGUGGCCACUUGAAGUGUACGGCGUCGUCGCCGCUCGAGACUAUGUGGAUCACAAACGCAACAUUCUCUUCUAUCGCCCAAGGUUUCAGACCCAAACCGUCACUAAAAAGGAUCCUUAUCUGCACUUGACUGGCCCAUCUCGUGCGAUCAUAUGCCUUGAUCCAGUCCACAUAGAAUUCCAACUCAAAGUGAAGGGACAGUCUCGGUUUGAGGAUAGGACACUGAUCACUCGACCCGUGCAGAUUUACAAUCCUUCCAGGAACGAUUGGUAUUACCGAGACUUCUCCAACUACCUGUGCAAGAUAGAGUUGUGCUUUGAACAACUCAAUUGGUCGCGCCAGGCCAUAAUCUUGUCUGUCCGUGUUACGCAUGGGUCGCCUUUUAAACAUGGUGGGCAAAUUGUCUGCUGCUCCUCGCCUUGCGAGAAAGAUCCUAAUAAGGAAAUUGUGCUGUUCGAUUCUAAGUAUGGAACAAUGAAUAUGGAAUCCGAUGAAACAAUGUGUAUGGAUUCAGAUGGUUACCUUACUCUGUUGAAGAAUGUUGUGUCUGUACAAGGAAGGCUCAAAGUUUUCAUCUACACCUACGUACUCCCGGUCUGGUGCGAUCGCUGCUAGUGGCCGUGUCUUGUUCAAAGCAAAGGAUUGCCAAACAAGCCAGGCUACAUGUGUCCUUCACAACAGGAAGCCAUCUAAAGGGAAGAAGACCUCUUCUAAAGUGAAGAUUACUGUUGCUUGGUCUCGCUUGGUUAGAAGCAUAAAUGAUAUCGACCAA